GGGCAGUUCGCGGCGAACCACGAACCACCCCAGCAGACAAAAAUUAUCCAGUUGAGACACCCCGUAGGAUGUUCAAGACGGCAGCCGCCAGCUAUAGUGCAAUGCCAAUAGCCACCGCCUAUACAACCACCUUAUUGAUCAUGGUCGUAUCCUGGCAG